AUGCCAUUUGGUUUGAAGAAUGCUGGGGUAACUUAUCAACAAGCCAUGGUGACUCUUUUCCAUGACAUGAUGCAUAGAGAGGUUAAGGUGUAUGUGGAUGAUAUGAUUGUAAAGGCUCACAAAACAGAGGACCAUGCGACCAAUCUUGAAAGGUUAUUUAAGCGGUUACGGAAGUUUCAGCUCAGAUUAAAUCCGACAAAGUGUACUUUUGGAGUCACUUCAGGUAGAGUGGUAAGAUGGCAAGUGUUGUUGUCUGAAUAUGAUAUUGUAUAUGUGUCCCAAAAAGCUAUCAAAGGAAGUGCAAUCUCAGACUUUCUGGCAGAAAGGGUGGAGGAGGAUUAUGAACCGAUGGAGUUUGAGUUCCCAGAUGAGGACUUGAUGUCAGUUUGUCAAACAAAUGAGGAGGAAUCAGAGGAGAAAGAGAAUUGGAAGAUGUUUUUCAACGGAGCUUCGAAUGCCUUGGGGCAUGGCAUAGGGGUCGUGUUAGUGUCACUAGAAGGAGAUCAAUAUCCCGUCAUAGCUAAACUUAACUUCUAUUGCACCAAUAAUGUGGCCGAAUAUGAAGCUUGUGCCAUGGGUCUUCAAGCAGCAAUUGAGAGGAAAAUUCACAUUUUGGAAGUGUAUGGGGAUUAUGCUUUGGUCAUUUAUCAGUUGCGAGGAGAAUGGGAGACAUGCGACUUGAAGUUAGUCCGGUAUCAUAAGUAUGUGUCAAAGUUGAUAAAAAUUUUUAAUAAGAUUCGCUUCACCCAUUUGCCACGAGAGGAUAAUCAAAUGGCGGAUGCAUUAGCCACGCUGGCAGUAAUGUUCAAAGUUGGUGCCGAUGUCAAGAUUCAACCCAUCAUGAUUAAUCUUCGAGAGUGCCCCACACACUGCUCCAGUGUAGAGGGAGAAGUAGACGGGAAACCGUGGUACCUUGAUAUUGUGCAUUAUCUCAAGUUCCAGUAG